AUGGUAGUGACAGUCACCUACUGUGGCUUGGAUUCCGAUCAGAAAUAUCUGGAAGACAAUGAUGGUGUGAAGCGCAUCUUGGUUUCUUCUGUUCUUUCUGAGCUCAUUUGGAAAUUCAUCAAGAGGAUUCGGCAGGAAGAGACCAUCACCAGGGGCGCUGCGUACAGACCAUACUCGCCCAUCUUCCAAAGCAAGACCAGUGCUGCCCUGCUGGAUAUGCUUGUAGAGGAAGAUUGUUACCAUCCAAAGCAAGCAACUCUGGUGAUGUGGAAGGUCCUCCAGGUGCCCUGCAUCCCACGUAUAAUGAAGGUGUAUUUCCCACACCUCUUUGUGCACCUGCUCUUCCAAGUGUUCUUCAGCACUCUGGAUAUGCCAGAAGAGGUCCUCGAGUGCCUGGACUUGAGGGAAUGCAGCGACAGUGUUCUGGAGAUCAUGACAACGAACCUGCGGAGCGAGGACGGGGAGAGGCGUCACUUGGCACUCCGAGGCCUCGUGGUGCUGGGCAAGAAUCCCUUGAUGGCUGAAAAAAUGUGGAGUCUGACUGAAAGUCUUGUGGAGCUCCUGGAGGAAAAUGAUAGUGACGUGAUCAGGAUGACCAUUCUCCUACUCAGAUAUUUAUUCCUGGAUAAUGGUACCCCAAUACCCAGCUCCCUCGCCCUGCAGCUGGCUGAGGUGCUCCUGCCACUCUUUGACCGCGAUGAUAGCCAGGUGCAGCUGAGCUCCAUGAUGGUCUUUCAAGAGAUGCUGGAGUUAUUAACGGAAGAUGGAAAGUCACCCGUGCACCACAGCCUGCUGCCACUCUACUUCCACUGCCAUGAUGAGAAUCAGAUUGUUGCUGAGUGUUCUCGGGAAACGCUGCUUUGUGCAGCCAAGUUCCUGAAGAGGAGGGAUAUAAAAAAGCUGGUGAAGGAGGAAAAACUGUGGAAGUUCAGCAAGUGCCUGCUGGCAGAGGACACGAGCCGAGCGGCCGAGCAGCUCCCUUGA